GUAUGACCAACGUUCGCUUAACUAACUAGCUUAAGUUAGCUGGAUAACAUUGAUAGCUAGUAAAGUUAGCAAGCAAUGCCAGAAAUGAAAGACGAAGUGGGACAGAUAUUUUUAGACACAGCUAACUGGCUAAUAUUAAAUUCGAGCCAGGGAACUGACACAAGGAAAUGCAAUGAUGGCCCAGUCGAACCAGCCACAACAUUUAGCUAACCUCUUCUUCGCGCCGGCAACCAGCAUAGUUAGCUAUCUAACCAAAACUUCUAGCCAUUCAGUCCGCAACCACCACAGAUGUAGUAUUUUUGACCGAUUGGCAACGGGUUGCCAGCUAGCUAACGUUAGCUAGCUACCGCAGCUAUUUAACGCCACGUCGUUAGCCAAUCAGUUAACGUUAGCUAGCCAGAUACUGGUAUGUUCAUAUUGUUAGGCUAGCACCGUUAGCCACCUAGAUAACGCUACUAGUUACAAAAAAUAACGCUACUAGUUAGCUAGCUAAUGACAUUACGUUGGCUAACGCCGGUUUGUUUGAACUAGCCAGUAACGUCGUUAGCUAAUAACUGGCAUGACUGUUACCACAACUGAAAAGCAAGCCAAAGCAGUCCUUGGACCUGAUGUGAUGGAAGAUUGCCCUGAAUGUUCAAAAUAGCUUGUUGAAACGCUUUAGGAAAUGGACAGAAGAAUAGAAGGAAAGCUUAGGAUCAGCCAGAAAGAGAAAGUGUCCAGUAAUAACACUACACAGUCACCAUUGAAGACGGGAGUCGUAAUCCAGGACGACUCCCCACACGCUGCGCCCCCGCCCCAGAUCCGCAUUCUGAAGCGGCCCUCCAGUAACGGGUCGUUAGGGUCGCCCCAGGGCCAGAACCGGCCCGUGCCACAGGUCAAGUCCCUGGCCCAGCGGGAGGCGGAGUACGCUGAGGCCAGGAAGAGAAUACUGGGCAGUGCCAGCCCUGAAGAGUCGCCUCAGGAAAAGCCCAACACAGACCGACCAGGGCGUACAAAUUCUACCACACCUCCAGAGGACCGGUCAAACAAUCAUGCUGUCCGUCAACCAGCAGGCCCCGACGGCACUCAAGGCUUCUGCCAAAACAGAUAAGUGGAAGAGGGGCAAUCCUGCUAUCGGGAGAGAUGGAGAGGAAGAUGAAAUGUCUGGGCUCCAGGGGGUAUCACAGGGUUUUAAAAACCAUUUCCUUCUAUUCCAUGGUAUGGGAUCAGCUGUGAAUCGGAAUGCAAAUGUCCUCCCCUCUCAUGGCUCCCACUGGUAAUGUGUGGGAUGGAUUAGAGGCUCUGUAGGAAGCAUGCUUUCUCCCCCUCUCCAUCCCACCCCCACUGUUUAACACUGUGAUAAAGGACAUCUUCUGCCUACUGUGAUGAUCCCUUUAAGUACCCCACCCUACACCCACGUUGUCCAAGGAGUCCUCUCCUUCUCUCGUCAUGGGAAACCUAUGGGGCUAUUGCUUCUGUGGCUAAUUUGGUCAUCAGCCAUGGACACUUCCAUCUGGAAAUACUGAGAGCAGAGGAUGCUUAACAGAAGAGUAGUGACCGAAGCAAAGCAAAAUGAGGGAUGGUAGUACAGUGCCUUCAAAAGUAUUCAUACCACCUGACUUAUUCCACAUUAUGUAUUAAAUAUAAUUUUUUCUCAUCUGUCUACACAUGAUACCCAAUAAUGACAAAGUCAAAACAUGUCAUUUUAUAAGUAUUGAAUGAAAUAUCUAAUUUACAUCAGUAUUCACACCCCUGAGUCAAUACUUUGUGGAAGCACCUUUGGCAGCGAUUACAGCUGUGUCUUUUUGCGUAAGUCUUUAAAAGCUUUCCGCACCUGGGUUGUGCAACAUUUGCCCAUUUAAUUAUUUUCAAAAUUCUUCAAGCUCUGUCAUUGUUAGACAACCAUUUUCAGGUCUUGUCAUAGAUUUUCAAGUAGAUUUCAAUUAUAACUUGGCCACUCAGGAGCAUUCACUGUCUUGGUGGCCUUAUAUUUUAGGUUAUUGUCCUGCUGAAAGGUGAAUUAAUCUCUGUGUCUGGUGGAAAGCAGGCAACCAGGUUUUCCUCUGGGAUUUUGCCUGUACUUAGCUCCAUUCCAUACAUUUUUUUGUUGUUAUCCUAUAAAACUCCCCAGACGUUAACCAUUACAAGCAUACCAUCGUAUGAUGCAGCCACCACUAUGCUUGAAACUAUGGGGAAUGCUACUCAAUAAUGUAUUGGAUUUUUCCAAACAAAACUUUGUCCUGAAUAAAAAAUUAUUAAUUGUUUUAAAAA